AAGUCAGACGACGGGCUGCUAAAUUCUAGGGUGACCGGUCUUGAAGGAGAACCCAGUUUACAGAUGCUCUGGCAAGUCUCUGUUCAGUGCAGCAUGGUCCGUACCAGUCUGGCCGCAGCACUGCCAACGUCCCGGUGGAGAGAAGGCCAGAGAAAUACUGGUAUUUAGAAUCCCUGGGCAUCUUUCCCACUAUGCAAAGUUCCCCAGGCAUCUGGAUGAUUCCCCAGAAUUAUUUCCCCUGCAGAGUCCUCUGAGCUGCGCACCGUUCCCCAGUGCUCUGGUGGUAGAGGAGGGGCAGGGACCUUUGAUGCUGCUGUUGUUUCUCUUGGGAGACACUUGGAUUCUCUGACAGGGCCAGUCAGGCAGCAGCCUCGCCGUUGAGCCAGCGUGCUCCCAGGCAGAGGGCGCUGGACGGGACUUUCAUGAAGCCCAUUCCUGGGGCUAUCAAGGGGGCUCCUCACUGGUGCUGAGCACCCAGCCUGUGCUGUCCAAGAGUGGGUGAGUUCAAAGCCCUGUUCUCUGCUCCUCAGUCGCUGCAAUGCUUUUCCCUCUGUCCGGGACCCAGCUCCUGUGGCCAGCCAGCAGAGUCAGAUGCCAAGAACUGCCCCUUCCCAACGAGGGGUGGAGCUGCAGGCCAGGUUCUUAGCAGAAUGACAUUGGGAGAGUUGGUGCCCGGAUCCCAUGACGUCCAGUACCAUUUGGGCACAGUCCAUAAUGCCUGAAGUCCGAGACCUUUCCGAUGCCUUGCCGGAUGUGCCAAUGGAUCCUAUCACAGGAGUUGGAGUGGUUGCAUCUCGGAACCGGGCACCGACAGGUUACGACGUAGUUGCACAAACAGCAGAUGGCUUGGAUGCUGACCUCUGGAAAGAUGGCUUAUUUAAAUCCAAGGUCACAAGAUACCUGUGCUUCACAAGAUCAUUUUCGAAAGAAAAUAGCCAUUUAGGCAAUGUCCUGGUCGAUAUGAAACUGAUUGAUAUCAAGGACACGCUUCCUGUGGGCUUCAUCCCCAUCCAGGAGACAGUCGAUACACAAGAAAUAGCUUUCAGAAAGAAGAGGCUCUGCAUCAAAUUCAUCCCUCGAGAUUCUACGGAGGCUGCUAUUUGUGAUAUCCGAAUCCUGGGCAGAUCUAAGCAGGCCCCUCCACAGUACACGUUCAUUGGGGAACUUAACAAUAUGGGUAUUUGGUACCGAAUGGGCAGGGUUCCACGAAACCAUGACUCCUCGCAACCCGUGACACCUUCUUCCCAAGUACCAGCUUCAACACCAGCUCCUAACCUUCCUAGGCACAUAUCUCUGACGCUUCCCGCGAGCUUUCGAGGCAAAAGUAACAACUCCCGACUCGACUUUGAACACCAGCACUCAAAUUUAUACGCCAUAUCAGCCAUGGAUGGAGUGCCUUUUAUGAUCUCAGAUAAGUUUGCCUGCGCUCCUGAAGGGAUGCAGCAAGUUGAUCUCUUGGGCAUCACAAUCAAGUCCCUGGCAGAAAUUGAAAAGGAGUAUGACUACAGCUUCAGGACAGAGCAAAGCGCUGCUGCCCGGCUGCCCCCCAGCCCCACUAGAUGUCAGCAGAUGCCACAGUCCUGAGGAGCGAGGGAAGGCCGGCUCCCUGGAGACGCGGCGCAUGCGCACAGAUACUACUGAUGGGAGGCGAGCCCUGAUGAGCAGUGUUACUGGAACCCUUCUCGGCAGACAGGACACUUUUCUAAUGACUUGCCUUCCUUCCUGCGCUUUCCCUGAUCAUUUUGUACAUGUUGUUUCUGAGGUUUGGACUGUGUUAACCCUUUCUGCCAGGCACCCUCACCCCUUAGCCCUGCUGGGACAAUUCCUGGUCAGGAGUCCCUUAGUAAGAGCCUGGCAGAUGGCUUCCUCCGUUCUCCCUGCUUUAUAGCUCCUGCCGCAGCAUGCUCACUUCCAGACAGAUCUGAAGUGAAAUGCUGCACGCCAUGAACCCAGCUCAUGGGAAUCUGGAGAGAUUCCUAGCAGCGAGCCCUGCUAGGGUUAGAGCAUUUGGGGAAAUGAGACUAAAGAUACAGCCAGUUAGUCAACAAAUCACAAAAUGCACCAGCUUAAAUUGGGAACUGAGGUGCAGCGGAAUAAACUGCCCCAGCUGCCCCGCUCAGUACAGCAGCGUUCUCUGGUUUGUGCAGGGUCACAAAACCAUCAGUUCAGCAGUCCAGGGGUGUCCUUUGAUUAGCAAGCUAACCCUGAGUUAUGGUAAACCCUUCAUCUGCUUCUCCAAGUCAAGACUGCCCUCAGCUCACUUGUGGCCAGAAUACACCUGAGACCUUAAUGGUUUUUGUUACUUUCAGCUCAUGUAGCCAGGGUCGCUCGCUCAGUUCCACUUAGGGCUCUCUCCCAAGUCGCUGGCAAAGUGCAGUAGCUCAAAGAGCACAGGGAUCUCAGUGGCACCUCUCUCUGGCACAAAGAGGCUGCAUGUCCAUUGCCUGGAAGUAGAGGAUCGUGGCAAAUGUUGCAUAGCUCUCUCUGGCCUAUGGAGAGCCAGCGAGACCUCUGCAAGGCCAUCCUGACUUCUCCCAGCCACCUGAAAGCUUUGCCAUGGCUUUGGCAUAAAGCGGCACUGGAACCUGCCAGUUACUUUGGCAGUUUUCAAACAUUUGCCCCUGCUGGCUGCUAAAAGGAAAGAGAUUUGUGCACCCCGUCCCUGCACACUGCUGCACUCAGGGAGGGAAAUGCUAAAACCUGACCAUGUUGGACAAGGCUGAGAUAGUUCCACUGGGCAAGUGUAUGAUGCAUUAAACCCUGACCUCAGCAUGCUUACAAGUGGUGUCCCUGACUCACUCCUGAGUCCAGUGCAUGUCUUGGUGAAGUCUGUUGCUGUAAUAAGUUCUUUAGAAGCAUUCAUCUUAGCUCUGUGCUGCUUUUCAAGUCUGCUGUGGAACAAAACUACGUUACAGCAGCGAAAUGGCAUUUUUUUAAAAGUAAGUGUUAAAGUGUGCAUCUUCUUGUAUUGUAGAAGACAGGUUGUCUAACCCUAUUAAAAUGCAAUUGCCAUAGUAACAAAUACUGGUAUUGUAGCUCUGGGUUUGGGUUAUUCGGACCCGCUUUGCACUGCUUUUGACUUUCCUGAGUUCUCUAGUCUAACAGAGUGUUGACUAAUAGUAGGUUUUGUACUGUUGGUUUGUGUAUUUUGUAUUUGUACAUAUGUAAAAUAUUUCUUGUCCAAUGAUCCAUUUCUGGUUUCAAAGCACUGUACCGUGUUGCUGGGGGGAAAUAGGUGCAAAACACCAUAGCAUUCUGGGUAGAACCUGAUUCCAGGUCUCUGCUUUGACUCUCCAGACCAGUCUCUCUUUUACUAACUGCCUCUUAGAGACCAGCUCUAUUGUUGGAAGAAUGGGAGUAUAUGGUUAUAAAAGGGUCAGGUCUGAGCACAAGAAUUAAGGCCUGUAAUAUUUGGCAUCAGCUGGUAUAGGCCUGGGUGACUCCCAGAAGGUGCUCCUUUCUUUUAGGGUUCCAAAGUGGCUUUUAGUUCUUAUUUUCUGCUGCAGGAAAGCAAAGCCAGCCUUUACUGCCAAGCUUUACAGAGGCUAGAUUGAUGGUGCUGACAUCAACCAAUGAACAUAUCACGGAAGCUAGCGCAGUCUGCCUGGUCAUUCUGCUCAGGUUCACUUGAAGUUCAAAUUCACUCCACGCUGCAGUCGUUUGUCCAUCCCAUCCAUCUCUCUUGUGUUUUCUGCCUUUCAGCUGUCUGUAAUUUGUCCUGUAGUUCAUUGUAGAUCAAUUUGUAUCUCCCUCCUUGGCUGAGGGCAGCUUUGUGGACAUAGUAACAGGUAGAUCAAGGUUUUCUGCAAUGUUGGUCCUAGCGUAAGGAUGAAAGUUAGUGUCACAGAGCUGCCCCUCCCCACACACUGAAGCUGGAGAAUUGGGAGCUUGUGAUUUAACACCAGGGUAGCUAGUGCGUGGUCCAGAGUUCUGCCAUGUAGAUCUACCAGAUGAAGGUGGAGUGUCUCACAUGGGAGCUGUCGUCUCAAUGGACAGCUUCUCCUCAUUCCAGGAGAGGCCAGACCCAGCUGCUCCGUUGUAGACACAUUUCAGUGGGCAGCACAGGCUGCUGAGAGCAGGCCAGUGGCCCUGUAGGUUGGAUAGAGCUUGGGUACUCCUGCUCUAAAUCAGAGCUAAGCCAAUAUCUGUGGUUCUCAAACACCGAUCGAUCCUGGGGGCCACCGAUCAUUUUCUUGGCACCCUUAGGAAUGUCUGUCAGAGGCUGCCGCACUCGGCUCAGCAGACUGAGCUGUGGAAACCGUCCAGCUCUGGUGCAGCUCAAAUGUUGGGACAGCUUUUUAAAACCGAUCUGGAGCUUUGCCUUCUUAUUUGUGGGAGUAGCUUAAAGUGCAUCAGUAGCUCUUCGCUCCCGGAAACUAGAGUCGAUGCUAUAAGCUGCUUCGCAACAGUGACAGUGCAUUUUCCCUCAGCACCUUCUGAGAGACAAUACACACAGCUUUACCUGCACGAUACAUGCCAAACACUGGAUCGCUCCAGGUGCUGACAGGCUGUCUACCUGGGACAAGGAUUUGUUCAAUGUAGGCUUCCUCCUCCCCGCCCUCUCCCAGUCCUUGCAGAGCUGUUUCAGGGUUGCCUCUGCAAAGAAAAGCUGAAAAUGAACACUUGACCUUCACAUUUGUGCUUUUGCAGUUUGCCAGUGACACAUCAGAGAUUUUCUGUGCCAUAGGCUUGGCCAGCGCAGCUGCAGACCUGCACAAGUGUGUAGGGCAAGUGGGGUUUGUUGGGUCAGGAUCCAUGGACGGUUGGUCAGAACCUCUCGUGCAUUCUCAGACCCGCUCGAAUGGCUGUGAGUAUUUCCUUAGACAAGAGGGCUGAGAGUGCAAUGCAGGGAGCAGUCUAAGCAGAUUGACAAUAGUGCAAGUGAUUUCCUUUGGAACUCAUGAGCUAUGGGGCGCUUUCCCCCCUCUGUCUCUGCAGGCAUCACAUCAGUAUUUCAAUAGGCAGGUUUAAUUACUGAACAGUAAUUUUCUUAUUCAAAAUAACUCCAUGCAGGGCUGGCCCUGGUUCCUAGUGGUUGCUGCUCUCCACUGGCAAGUGGAUUUCCCAUUACGUGUUUUACUCCCCACGCAAGGUGUGAGUUCUCCAGCAUUGGCCCGCACAGUCCCAGAGGAGGGAGUGUGUCCGCUGCUCUGCACUGAGCCCUGAGAUUGAGGUAGGAGUGGCUGCAGAGGGGUCAUGACCAGGCCUCCUUGACAGAAGGUAUGGGGGUGAGUGGAUGUAAAACAGAAGGGCUGGUUCCUCCCACCUGUAAUGAGUGUGUCUUGGUCAGCCCACAUCUGUCCCCAGAGCAAGCUGAGGAGUGUGCAGCAUCCACUUGGAAGAAGAAGAAAUUACUUUGCCAAAUAAUCAUGAAAUCUCCUGACACUACUCAUGAGAUGGUGUUGGGAAAGUCAGGGCUUGCUUACAGUCAGAUGAAUUAUUCACAGCGAUGCACUGCCCUGGGAUUUCCCAGGGUGAUGUUCCCCUGGCAAAGGCCAGAACUGCAGUAAUGUGUGCCGGUAGCUCCUGGGCCAGCCAGGUAACUAGAUUGUGAAAUCCCAUGUAGUAGUAAUAGAGAGGGAAGGAUUUAUUCCCAGAGUGAUGUAGCCUGUGAACAUUGUGAUAAAUGCCAGUGUGGUUAAUUAGCUGAUAGCCAUAUUCAUGUGGGAUGAGACUGUUCCUAACCCUCCUUCCAUUGCUGCGUCCCUUGCCCGGAGUUCACGCUGAGCAGGUGCUUUAUAGGGACAGUCCGUUGUGACCCCGCUGUGCUAGUUAGAGAUCAGUAUUCUGUGGUGCUGAGUUUAUUUGGGUUUUUCACCAGUCUUCUAAUUUCUCAAAACCAAAACUGUCAAAGACAGAAGAGGCCGAGCUGGUCUCAGUGGACUCGGGCACAGCACUACACAGUUUUUAGGCUUGUUAGCGGAGCCUCGGAAAUCCCAUGACCCGCCACCACCCCGGUAUCUCCAAAGGGGUGUGUAGCGUGAGAGAGGUAGGGUUGGGGGUGGCUGGCAAAAGUCAUUUCUCAGCCGCUUUCCCCCAAGCAACCUUUGUCUCCCUCUGCUUUUCCUCCCCUCUGCCCCACACUCCCCUCACCUUUCCUUCUUCCCAGGCCUCACCUGGCCUGCACCUUCACACUCCACUUUUUGUGAAUUAAAUUUCCAAACAAAUUGCUUAAGGAACUGGAUAUUCUGCUGAUCCCAAGUGGCAGCGCCCCAUGGGAGGGGAGCUGUGGCCUGUUUUGUCCAUCCCAGAUAUCUGCUUGCCCCCGUGCUGGGGCGUGCUUCUCACCAGCAUUCAGCAGCAAGAUCCUGUCUGCCGGGCUCAGUGUGGGCCAGGGGCAGCCAUCUUGCUGGGAAGCGACAUAAUGGAUGGGAGCCAGGGAUAGAGACGGCUUAGAACUGAGCUCCAAGCUUUUCUACGAUGGGGUUAAACCAUCUGAAGAACAACAGUGAGGUUUGGUAUUUAAAAUGAUUUUUUUUUAUAACUUCAAAGCCAUUGUUGAAUCUAAUAGAACUGGAUUUGUGGCCCCUUUCCCUGAGCUCCCAAGAGCUGAGAGCAAACAGCUCCAUAAGAUGGCUGCCUCCUGCACUCGGCUUUACCCCUUUUUUUAAAAAAGUGCAACGGCCUUGGAGUGAGAGGAGCUUUGCUGGUGGAUUCUCACCUCAUGGAGCUGAGCAGAAUAACUCCAGCUUUCCACAGGAUGAGACAGGCCUUGUCCCUGACACUGACUCCUACAGGAUUUAUGGUCCCCAUUAUGAGUUUCACAUUAUGCAUUUAGGGCAGAAUCAACCCUGUGCUGAAGGCCAGCAGUAGGCCUACAUGUCCUCCAAAUAGCUUAAGUGGGACAUAAGUGGUGCCUAAGUCUUCUCUGGAUCUUCUGCAUAGGGCUGAAUUCUACCCAUCACAAAGGGUUUGUUCAUAUCAUUGCAUUAACUAUUACCUCAGCCUUUGAGCCUUGAAGAACCACUUUAAGGUAAAGCUCUCUCUGCGGCAAUGAAGAGAGAGGAUAACAGGACACACUUCAGCACUGGUAAUUCUGAGCCAUAAAAGUCAGACACAGUUGUCAAUAGGGAAAGUGCGGUGCUGCUCAAUUUUGUCUGUUCAUUUGGUACAGGGAAACCAAACUGGUUGAAACUUUCCGGGUUGUUUGUUGUGAAACGAAUUCCUAACAGCAACAAUUUUAACUGUCGUGUUAUAGAAAUGGAAAAGAAAAACCUUUUAUGCAGUUGUGAAAUGUUUUUAAGAUGCUGCAUUUUUGUUGGGCUAUUGGAAGUGAAUUUACUGUGCAUUAAUCUGAAGAAUGUUAUGACUUUUUAUAUUUAUUUUAGAUCACCCUCCUGUAUUUUACAAAGGGAAGUUUCAUUGUGUGAUAACGUAGUCUGUAUUCUUAAUAUAAUUUGCUAAAUAAAAGUUUGUUUUAACUGG